AAAUGUAUAUAGACUCGGAGUAUGCAUACGCACUCAUGCGUUCUUCCUAUAAAUAUUAACUAAAGUUAUAAUAUUAGCGACAAACUAUUCAACAUGAUGCUUGAAAGCUGGUCACGGUGGAUGGAGGAAGAGCACACGAAGAUAAUGAUUAAUAUCUUUUUUGCAACAGCCGCCGUAUUUGUUGGGUGUAAAUGGUUGGUGAAGAUAGCCAUGAGAGGUAAGCCCCCAUUGCCACCUGGUCCAAGAGGCUUGCCUUUAGUAGGAAAUCUUCUUUUUGUUGAACCAGAUCUUCAUAUUUAUUUUUCCAAAUUGUCUAAAAGAUUUGGCCCAAUCUUCAAAAUCCAAAUGGGUACAAAAAUCUACAUCGUUAUAAACUCAGCUCCACUGGCCAGACAAAUCCUUAAAGAAGAUGAUGCAAUUUUUGCUAAUCAUGAUCCCCCACUAGCCGCACUAGCUGAAACAUACGGUGGUCGUAACUUAGUAUGGAGACCAUAUGGUCCUGAAUGGCGAAACUUACGCAAGGUUUUUGUUCGUGAAAUGAUGAGCAAGACAUUCUUUGAUGCUUCUAAUGGCCUUCGUCGAAGAGAGGUGCGAGAGAUGGUGAAGGAAAUCUACGCAAAAGUAGGCUCACCCAUAAAAGUUGGGGAUCAAGUGUUCUUAACUUCUUUGAAUGUAGUAAUGAACAUGUUAUGGGGUGCCUCUUUGGAUACAGAUAAGAAAAUUAGUGUAGGGUUGGAGUUCAGACAAGUUAUAGAUGGGAUAGUUGAUCUUUUGGGAACACCUAAUAUUUCUGAUUUCUUUCCUAUCCUUGCCCCUUUAGAUUUACAAGGAAUUGUAUCAAAAAUUUUGAAACUCAGAUCAUGGCUCGAUAGGAUUUUUGAAUCAGUGAUUGCAAUAAAACAAACUACUAAGACAAAUAAUGAAGACAAGGACUUUUUGCAAAUUUUAUUGGAGCUUAUGGAGCAUGAAGAUGAAAAGAUGCCAUUUUCCAUGACUGAUAUCAAGGCUUUGUUAUUGGAUAUUAUUAUUGGAGGAACAGAUACAUCAUCGACUACGGUAGAAUGGGCAAUGACAGAGUUAUUAAGAAAUCCAGAUAUAAUGAAGAAAGUACGCAAAGAAUUGGAAAGAACUGUUGGCAAUCAAAAAAUUGUAGAGGAGUUUCAUAUAAAUGAGCUACAUUAUUUGCAAUCAGUAGUAAAAGAAACAAUGAGAUUACAUCCAGUUCUUCCUCUACUUGUCCCUCACAGUCCUAGUGUCUCGACAACUAUAGCUGGCUAUGCAAUUCCUAGAGGCUCAAAUGUUUUUAUUAAUAUUUGGCUAAUAAUGAGAGAUUGUAAGACUUGGAAAAAUUCACUUGACUUUCAGCCUGAGAGAUUCUUAGAACAUCCAGAAAUUGGUGAUUUCAGAGGGAAUAAUUUCAAUUAUCUUCCUUUCGGAUCAGGGAGGAGAAUAUGUCCAGGGAUUAAUUUAGGAGAGAAGAUAAUAAUGUAUGUGUUAGCCACUCUCUUACAUUCUUUUGAUUGGAAAGUGGAGGAAGAUACGAAUCUGGAUUUAUCUGAGAGAUAUGGUAUCAUAACAAAGAAAAAAGAUCCUUUAGUGGCUAUACCGAGUGCUAGAUUAUCUACUUUUGAGCAAUAUUGCUAAAAUUAAAUACUCAAUUGAGUAGUUAUUGUUAAA